CUCUGAAAAAAACAAAACGCGGGGAGUUUCUCCGGAGAGCACGCAAGGGAACCAGUCGCCGGCCGGCGCGCAGCUUUCUGGGAGCGAGCGACCAUCUCGAGAGUCUAAAAUCGCACUUGGCAGAACCUCGAACGGACACCGAUUAUUGGGCAGCAGCGAUAAGCUACUUCGCCUAACAUCCGCACAACGCUGCUAGUCCCCCAGCAUUUCAUUGUACAGCCAGGUCGGCUUCUUUUUAACGCUUUUCAGUCAAGAUGUCGCACACCGUGAUGGUGACGAGAAUGACGACCACGAGCAGCUCGCCGAUGGUGAUCAACACGGGAUACGCCUGCAAUAUCCAGGGGGCCCUCAAGGUCCUCGAAACGGUGUUCGGGACCAUCUGCCUGGGGCUGAUGCUGCACUACACCAAGCCCAGCAAGGUGGACUUCUUUGGCAUGCCGGGCCAUGAGCUGUACUUCCUGCUGACGGCGUUCGGCUGCCUGCUCUGUACCUUCCUGCUGCUGGUCUCUUCCUGCUGGUCCUUUACCUCGUCGUCACUCCUGUCGCGCACCUCCUUCGAGAUCCUGUUCCACCUGGUGGCGUGCGCCCUGUACCUGGCGGCAGGCAUCACGCUGUUGACCAAAACGCUCGACUAUCACCGCAACUUCCGUGGCGAACAGUACGACGCCCGCAUAGCGGCUGCCGUUUUCGGCAUCAUGAACGGGGCCCUGUACCUGAUCGGCGCCAUCCUGUCGUUCCGGAUCUUCCGACAGGGCUGACCAUGCUCGGCGGGUCUGGGCGUGGCCCGACUGCCACGAGCUUCUCUUGGCUUUGACGUUAAACGCACUAGCCGCUCUCUGUUCACUCAUACUCAUCUUGGCAUCAUUGUUGCUCUGUGUAUCCGAUCGUGGCGGAGUCAUUCUCCUCUCCGCGUAUGUGUCAUGUAUCGUUUGUGCUUAGAGGCCAGUUUGCGUGCACGUGUUUGAGCUGCACCUUCUAGAGCGCACAGCGUUCUCGCGGCACUCGGUGUCGUCGUUUCCUUUUGUGGGGUCCGAUGAUAAACAAGGAGGCUUCCUUGGCUUGCAUCGACUCUCUGAGUCGCUCGCACACGCACACACACAGACAAUGUUCUGUUUCGGUGUUCACUGCCAGCUUUUAAGUCACUAAUUUUGGUGCACACGAAAAGCGAGAAGUCAUUAGGAAUGAAUCAUUGAAACGUAUGCAACCUGGCAAUGUUCUGUUUGCGCCACGAAACAAGAUGGCAGAGCGUUCUACGUCCCGCUGGUGCUUAAAUGUGCCAAAGUUGUACGCUCUGUACUAAAUGCCCAAUCAGGUAGACGUUGCUAUAUCCUCAUGCACAAGUGUCAAUCGCAUUCUUAUAAGCAUUUCUGUAAGGGCACAAAAGGAUGGAACAGUUGGCGUACCCUAUCAGAAGGAAACCCAAAUAAUGUAGUAUCUACAAUACGGCAACACGUAAUAAGAGAAUAGGUCGAUACAUAAACAGCGAGCCCACGUGUGUUUAAAAUUUAUUUGUCUUAAAGAGGUCAUCCGUACGGUAUUUGCCCGUGGAGCCUCUCCUGUUUUCUGCAGCACUCUUUUAGUGUACUUUUGGUAUUGGUCUUCCUUUCACGCAAUGUCUAAAGAGAGAGAGAUAAAACUCUUGAAUUCGCUUGCGAUCUCCUUGUUGUCAUUGACCUUUGGUGAAAGCAAAAAGAAAAUUGGUUGGGUGCCAAGAAGGCGAAAGAAAAAAAAAAGAGAAAGAAACCAUGCGUUUAUUUAGAAUCUGGUUAGAAAAUAAAGAAAGCUGUCUACAAACUACGCGGCAGUGUUUUCGACCUUUAUAUCUCUCAAGUUCUGAUCACAGUUAUUUUUUUUAGUUAUGCUUAGGGUACGUGGCACGGAAGUGAAGGGCGCGGAGCUCAUUUCUGACCUGUUGCAUGACCGUCUGACACACUGAAGUUGCGCACAUCGGAGACAAUGGCAAUUAACUGACAGGAGAUAGAUAAUGAGAGCAAUUUCGGACUUUCUAUUAUCACUGCGCAUGCAGCGACGACUCAUGUGACACAACGGUCAUGAGCUCGGCACCUAUUGCUGCGCAAAACAGUUAUGGAAACGUUUGUUAAAUAUCGUUGUUGUUCUUGUCAAAACGAUAUUGUUCUGAAAACUGGCGUGGCGUGCGCCUAAAAAUGUGUUGGCCUAGGUUGUUCACGGAAGCAAAAUGUGCCGCGUUUCGUGCCUUCGAUCUGCCAAGCGAGGUCCAGGAAAAAAAAUAUAAAAAAAAGUAACUGAGGCAUACUUGUUUGGCAACCGAACUGCCUUCUAGGUUCACCUCGGUAACUUAAAACAUUUUGCGCUUGUUGUUUACUGCUUUCCGUAGACAAAUAAUGACGCGCCAGUACUUGCCGUUGGCCAAAAUCCGUCCACACGUGAAACACUGCCUAACUCGAGGGGGCAUUCACCGUUCCGGUUGUCAUAGGACAUGUUUCUCCUGCUAGUGUUUUCUGUGCCGCGUGCCUUUUAUUGGUUGUGAUCUGUGUCAUUACGAUGAAGGCGGCACAGAUUCGGAAGGUAUAGACAGAAUGUGAUUUACGGCAGUCGUGUUAGGCACUUUUGUGGCGUUCAGGGUCGCGCAGAAAUUUCCCCGCGCAAUUUUUCCACGUUUAUAAUGCGUCCACCUUUUAUUGCCAAAUAUGGCGCGAAAAGUUCCGGCUGAUUAUUUGCCGAACUGUUCAAUUUUCUAGUUUGCGAAAAAAAAAAGCUUUAUGUCGAGAUACAAGAUGUGCACCUUCGAAAUAAUUCUUGGAAACGAGAGCGACGUAAACACUGCCGUUUGGCUCAAUUUCAGCGCACAUUUAUCUGGCAGCCGCCGGAGCGUAACUUAAUUACGGGUCUUUCUGCACGGUAGAUUCAUGAUAAUCGCAAUUAUGAGUAAAAUCUGCGACAGUGUACAAGAAAACGUCUAGGACAGCUAGAAUGUAAUUUGCGUGGUGGACGAAAAAGAUUCAGAAAGAUGAUAAAGAAAACAAUUUACUAGACAUUGGUGAAGCUUUUCUCGACAUAAAGACAACAUCGAAACAAACAGAUUUAAGACGGAUUUUUCUGGGGAAAAAAUGUUACGCAUGACCAGGAGGUUUUCUUUAGUCGCGCAUGACGCAAUUCGGACAAAAACUCUUAACGUCCACCUCGUCCUAGCCUGCAUCUUAAGAGGAAGUGUAUAGCUCAUGGCGACCAUACACUUUGCGUUUACAACAAGCAUAACGUUGCUAUGUUCUUUAUAGAAAACCGAACGUGGACAAUCGGGACGCGCCCUAUCGAUUAAAUCAAUCUCAGAAACAGCUUCAGUACUUCGGCGGUCGUUUCUUACAGCUGUGAUUACAACUGACGAACGUAGUCCCCAAUAUUCUGCGCAAUAAGCGUUUUAAUGCGCUCUAGUUCUUAAACAGUCAUUGCGUUGUAAGUUUCCGCACCAUCCCGCUUUUACAUCUUUCCCAUCGCCAUCCCCGUCGUGACAGGAAAAAAAAAAAAACGCGUUGGCCGUUAUAUGUAUAUUUCUUUAGUGUUUCCAUGUAGCUAACAGUAACCGACGCAUAGCCUACCCGCACACUAUAUAGGGUGCAACCACGUGUACAAGCUUUCGUCGACUUCUCAUGUAUCGCCGAUGUGCCUAAUAAACUUUGACGUGUUA